AUGCAUAACUAUUUUAGGACCGAACCCAAUGUCGAAAUAAAAGAAGAGGAUGACUCGGAUCACCUAAACAUCCCGGACCCAAUCAGGGUAAAGAAAAAGAUCAAAAAAACCCUAAAAAAGAAGAAGAUUCCUGUAAAAAAGCGCCGUAAAACCCACCCUCCGCCGGUGGAAUUGGACGAACCGAUCGAGUGCGAGGUUUGCAACGCCACCUACAAGAACAACGUCAGGUUCGCCUUACAUACGAUCAGCCAUAGUGAGGAUGGCAAAUAUUCAUGUCACUUGUGCUCUUAUAAAAACGUGUCCAAGUACCACAUAGAAAUGCACGUCAGGGCCCACGAGGGUACCACCAAGUUCAAGUGCGAGGUGUGCCAGAAGGCUUUUACCGUCAGCACACACGCCUUGGAGCACAAGUACGUCCACACCGGCGAGAAGCCGUUCCAUUGCGAACUGUGCGGGAAACAGUUCAUGUUUUCCAGAUUUCUGGCCGCGCACAAACGCUCCCAGCACUACGAGAUCCUCACCGGAAGACCCCUGGUGAAGUUCGAUUGUAAAAUAUGCAGCAAGCAUUACGCCUCGGCCUCUGGCCUAAGAAGACACAAACUGAGCAAGCACAACGAUCAGGGCAUCGACUUGUCGGUACUGUGUGACAUCUGCGGAAAACGGCUCUCCAGCAAGGAGAAACUCAAGUUCCACAGACGUAUCCAUACUGGAUACAAGCCGUUCGCUUGCCAAGUGUGCGCCAAGGCUUUCACCAAGAAGGAUCAGCUCAUUGAACACUUGAGGGUGCACACGGGGGAGAAACCCCACAUCUGCAAGUACUGCGGCAGGGGCUUUACCCAGAGGACCCCCCUGAAGAUCCACGAGAGGACCCACACCGGUGAGAGGCCCUACGUGUGCGUGUGUUGCGGCAAAGGUUUCGUCACAAAGAGCUCGGUGGACUCACACAUGAAGACGUGCGAAGGCAACUUGAUGUCUGCCUUCGCCUCCUCCUGGAUGAGGCAUCCUUUGCCCGCACUCGCUCAGCAGUUCCUUGGGAGUGCCGAUCGACUGCUCAUGCCCGAACCAGGGGCUUCUUCUGAGAACAAAGUGUUUCCUUUGGUGUCCGAGAUGAGUUUACCGAAAACCGAGUGA